AUGUCCGACCCCGAAAAAUAUCAUGCUUUCCGCAAAAUAAUCGAGACUGAAGGCAACGCGAUACAUCCAUUUUCUCUCAAGGGCUCGGCCACGUCAGAUUUUGCCCGUGAUGCUUUUACCCAGCUCAUGAAGAGUCACCUAGCCAAGAAAACGGAGCUAGGAGACGUCCUCAUCCCCAGCUUUGCACCUGGUUGCCGGCGUCUGACGCCGCGACAGGGAUUCCUUGAAGCUUUGACGGAAGGUAAUGUCCGGGUUAUCAACACACCCAUCCAAGCGGUGACAGAAGAUGGUGUGGUCAUUGAGGGCGGGCGGCUGUUUGAACUUGACGUCCUCGUCUGUGCGACCGGGUUCAAUGUCAUCGGCGCACCCCUGUUCUCCGUCGUUGGUGUUGAUGGGAAUACCUUGACCGAUCGCUGGGGAUCAUAUCCGGAAUCCUAUACGUCUGUGGCAGUGGAUGGGUUUCCCAACUACUUUACUAUAUUAGGCCCAAACUCCGGCGUUACAAGUGGCAGCCUCACCAAGAUCAUCGAGGGCGUCGGCGACUACACCAUCAAAUGCAUCCGCAAGCUGCAGAAAGAAGACAUCAAAUCCAUGCGAAUCUCUUCACGUGCGAUAAGCAGCUGGGUCAAAUAUGUGGAGGUCUAUUUUCAGAAGACCGUCUUCCUCGACGACUGCCGCACGUGGUACAGGAAGAACAAUCGGAUCAUUGGCCUCUGGCCUGGCAGUACCUUUCACGCUGUCGAGUCUUUACGAUCCCCCAGAUGGGAAGACUUCGAUUACGACUGCGGCGAGAACGCUUCCGAUGACCGGCUCCUGAGAUGGCUGGGUAAUGGGUGGUCGGAGCUUCAGCCCAACGGUGGUGACAUCUCAUUUUACAUCGAGCCCGACUACGUGGAUAAGCCGUCUGCGCCGUUCCCGGAGAAGAUAGAGAAAUGGAAUUAUCGUUCUUUCUCCCACUAA